AUUUUCUUUUUCUCCUGAAACCUAAUCUGGCCGGCCUGGCUGGGCGUCUAUUUCCGGACCGUAAGCAGCUGACACCCGCCGGGUGGAAGUUGGCAUCCCCUCCCUGGCGGGUUCAGAGCUGCGAGAAGCACCAGGCUUGGCCACUUAAGCCUCAGCCUCGAUCUAGCCCACCCUCUCAAGGCCACAGUGCAGAAGCCUGCACCACCUGCCAAGUCUCUCCGGCUCCUUGCAGCUGCUGUCAGCAUGGCCCAGGCCCCUGCUGACCCGGGCAGAGAAGGCCACCUUGAACAGAGGAUCCUGCAGGUGCUGACAGAGGCUGGCUCCCCAGUGAAGCUUGCCCAGCUGGUGAAGGAAUGCCAAGCGCCCAAGAGGGAGCUCAACCAAGUCCUCUACCGAAUGCUAAAGGAGCUGAAAGUCUCCCUCACAGCCUCUGCCACCUGGUGCUUGGGCGGGACUGGUCCUGGAGGCGAGGGUCCUGCAGAGCUGGCCCUGUCCAGCCCUGCCGAGAGGCCCCAGCAAUAUGCAGCUACAAUUCCAGAGACCCCUAACCCUCAGUUCAGCCAACAACGGGAGGAAGACAUCUACAGGUUUCUCGAAGACAAUGGUCCCCAGAGGGCCCUGGUCAUCGCCCAGGCACUGGGAAUGAGGACAGCAAAAGAUGUGAACCGAGACUUGUACAGGAUGAAGAGCAGGCACCUUCUGGACGUGGAUGAGCAGUCCAAAGUGUGGACGAUUUACCGCCCAGAUUCUGGAAGAAGAGCAGAGUCGGCCUCAAUUAUUUACCAGCACAAUCCAAUCAACAUGAUCUGCCAGAAUGGACCAAACGGCCGGAUUUCCAUUGCAAACUCCGAAGCCAUCCAGAUUGGACAUGGGAACGUCAUUACAAGACAGCCAGCCUCCGGAGAGGACGGUUCUACUGGUCCCCGCCACCUCCCUUCAAUGGCACCAGGUCAUUCCUCAACUCAGGGGACCCUGAAUGAUCCCUGGGGGCCCCAGGACAUCCACAUGGAGUGGUCCAUGCUCAGACGGGUGCAGCUGGGACACAGCAACGAGAUGAGGCUUCACGGCGUCCCGUCCGAGGGCCCUGCCCACAUGCCCCCUGGCAGCCCUCCAGUCUCUGCCACUGCUGCCGGCCCAGAAGCUUUGUUUGAAGCAAGAAUGCCCAGUCCAAGAACUCACCCCAAGGGGCAUGCUGCCCAGAGAAUCCACAUGAAAUCAUGCUUUCUCGAGGAUGCCACCAUCGGCAACAGCAACAAAAUGUCUAUCAGCCCAGGGGUGGCUGGCCCAGGAGGAGUCGCAGGGUCUGGAGAUGGGAAGCCAGGGGAGGACGCAGGUCCUCGUCCCACAGACACACAAUCCAGAAGUCACUUUCCUCAAGACAUUGGUCAGCCCAUCACUCGCAACUCCUCGAAGCUCACCCCCAAGUUGGAAGCUAUGACUCUUGGAAACAGGAGUCACAAAGCUGCAGAAGGCAGCGACUAUGUGGAUGAAACCUCACACUACAAGAGCUGGUGGGGAGGUGGGAUUUAGUGCACAGCCUCACGUGGGGCUUGGACACGUGGGGAUGGGCACAUGCUAAGGACACUAGCCUGCUGCUCUCUGUAUUCCUUAAGUGUCUUGUUUGACCUGCUUGCUUCCAGACGUCACCUGCAUGAGUCAGUUUUGGGGGAUGGACCUGACGUGGGGAUGAGUUCAGGCCAGGUCUUGUGAUGGCCAGGAGUAGAUGACAAGGAGUUGCUUUGGGGAACCCUUGGUGUGCCAAGAGGAGGUGGGUAGAUGGGAGUGGGGCUCGGUAGCCUAGCCUGGCCCAGGCCACUCUCUCCACUCUUUCCUGGGCUCGGGGCACCUGCCUUGAGUUACCUUCCAUCAUGGCUACUUGCUGUGGUUUGAAUGUUUGAGUCCCAACAAAAUUCAUAUCAACACAUAAUCCCAACUGGGCGCAGUGGCUCAUGACUGUAAUCCCAGCACUUUGGGAGGCUGAGGUGGGCGGAUCACUUGAGCUCAGGAGUUCAAGACCAGCCUGGGUAACAUGAUGAAACCCUGUCUCUACCAAAAAUACAAAAACAUAGCCAGGCAUGGUGGUGCGUUUCUGUGGUCCCAGCUGCUCCAGAGGCCGGGGAGGGAGGAUCAUUUGAGCUCAGGAGGCAGAGGUUGCAGUGUGCUGAGACAGCGCCACUGCACUCACUCCAGCCUUGGUGACACAGUGAGACUCCAUCUCAAAACAAAAAAACAAAAAACAAGAAAAGACCGUAAUCCCCAGUGCAGUGAUAUGAAGAGGUGUGGCCUUUUGGAGGGGAUGGAGUCAAGAGGACCAGUGGGAUUAGUGCUCUCAUGAAAGGAUUUGAGGGGGUCUGUUAGUCCCGGUUGCCUGUCCACCAUGUGAGGAUGCAGUAACAAAGUGCCAUCGUUAAAGCCGAGACCAACCCCUCAUCAGACACUGACUCUGCUGGCACCUUGAUCUUGGCCUUCCCAGACCCUGAAACUGUAAGCAAUAAAUUCCUGUUGCUUAUAAA